CUACGUCAUCUCUUCGCGACGCGUGAGUUGACGGCGCACGAUUCCAUAACUACACCAUCUCGUACAAGAAACUCCGUGGACAAAAUCGUGUUUUUAGUCUUCGACCGUUUGAAAACCGUUACCGGUGAAUUAAGUGAAAAUAGCGAGAAAAGCAGCGAGUGUGAUUGACAGUGGUGUGAUUCCACCGUGAAAACGUCACCUGCGUCUUUUUGCAUGAUGGAUGAAGAGGAGCUGGUGGAGUACUUCAGAGCUCAGUUGAGGGAAGACCCAGACAUCGCUUCAGCUGUGGCCGCCAUUCGCACUCUGCUUGAAUUCCUCAAACGAGACAAAGGUGAGACCAUCCUGGGCCUUAGGGAGAGUUUGAAAUGGGCCACAGCCUGUUUGACAGGAGUGGACUCCUCUGUGGCCGUGUCCUCAGGAGGGGAGCUUUUCCUGCGCUUCAUAACCCUCACAUCACUAGAGCACCAGGUAAAAACAAACAUGCACCUAAAACACAAAAUAGCACAAAAAAAUAGCGUUUUUCAUUUGGACCAAGACUGUGGAGACGUGAAUGUUGAGGUUUUCAUCUUUUCAUAUUUGUCUGAAAAAGUCUCUCGCUUAAUUGUUUGUAUCAUUUGUCACCUUUUCUUUCAGGAUCUGUCACGUUGUAAGAAGAUGAUGGAGGAGAGAGGAGAACUAUUUCUAGAGAAGAUCUCAAUGUCCAGGAGCAAAGUUGCCAAGCUUUGUCACACCUUUAUCAAAGACGGCGCUAAAAUCCUGACUCACUCUUACUCCAGAGUCGUCCUCAGGGUGCUGGAAAAAGCUGCGGCCGAGAAGAAACGCUUCUCAGUGUAUGUGACUGAAUCGCAGCCUGACUCAGCCGGGCGACAGAUGGCAGAAGCCCUGAGGAAACUCAAUGUUCCAGUCACAGUUGUCCUGGAUGCAGCCGUGGGGUACGUCCUGGAGAAGGUGGAUCUAGUGAUCAUUGGCGCAGAGGGAGUUGUGGAGAGUGGAGGAAUCAUUAACAAGAUCGGCACUUACCAGAUGGCGCUGUGCUCCAAAACUCACAACAAGCCCUUCUAUGUGGUGGCAGAGAGUUUUAAAUUCGUCCGCCUGUAUCCGCUCAACCAACAGGAUGUGCCCGACAAAUUUAAGUACAAAGCAGAUACUCUGAAGACGGUGCAGAACCUGUCAGAAGAGCAUCCCAUCAUAGAUUACACGCCUCCUUCCCUCAUCACCCUCCUCUUCACUGACCUGGGAGUCCUCACCCCGUCUGCCGUCAGCGACGAACUCAUCAAACUUUAUUUAUGAAUAUGCCUCAGAAUUCUCAAAUAAAAACCCUUUUCCUAAGGUAAAACAAA